CACCACCCACCACACCAAAGGAACCCACCAAGUAGUACUACUACAACUUUUUCAUCUUAUAUAUGACCCAUUAAGCUAUACUCAAAAGUGUAUAUUUUUAUCUCUUCAGCUUCUAAACUCCAAAAAACCCAAAUGGGUUACAGAGUCAUUACUCUGCUUCUAUUCUCUCUGUUUUGCCAAGUUCUGUUUGUGUCCCUACACCAAGCAACAGCAUCAAAGUUCCACAAUGUAAGUAAUAUAAAAGGGAAAAAGUCAGUGGCAUCAAGUGGGUGCAAUUUGUUCAUAGGAAGUUGGGUGGUUAACCCUUCUUAUCCUCUCUAUGAUUAUUCAACUUGUCCUUUCAUUGAUGCUGAAUUUAAUUGCCAAAAGUAUGGAAGACCUGACAAACAAUACCUUAAAUACUCUUGGAAACCUGAUUCAUGUGCCUUACCCAGGUUCGAUGGUGUGGAUUUCCUAAACAAAUGGAAGGGUAAAAAGAUAAUGUUUGUGGGUGACUCACUGAGUUUGAACAUGUGGGAAUCGUUGUCUUGUAUGAUUCAUGCGUCGGUGCCCAAUGCAAAGACCAGCUUUUUGAGGAAAGAAGCACAGUCUGCAGUGACCUUCCAGGAGUAUGGAGUAAGUAUACAACUAUAUCGUACACCUUAUUUGGUAGACAUAAUUCGAGAAAGUGUUGGGAGAGUGCUUACAUUGGACUCUAUUAUGGCUGGAGAUGCAUGGAAAGACAUGGACAUGUUGAUAUUCAAUUCGUGGCAUUGGUGGAUCCACAAGGGACAAUCUCAAGGAUGGGAUUAUAUAAGAGAUGGAAAAAAUCUGCUCAAAAACAUGGACCGUUUAAAGGCAUACAAUAAGGGAUUGACCACUUGGGCUAAUUGGGUUGAUCUUAAUGUUGAUCCUUCCAAAACUAAAACAUUCUUUCAAGGCAUUUCUCCUACUCAUUACCAGGGAAAGGAGUGGAAUGAACCAAAAACAAGUUGUAGUGGACAACUUGAACCAUUAUCUGGUUCAACAUAUCCAACAGGUCUACCUCCAGCAAGUAACAUAUUAAACAAUGUGUUAAAGAAGAUGAAAACUCCAGUUUAUUUACUUGACAUUACACUUCUCUCACAACUAAGAAAAGAUGCACACCCUUCUUCCUAUAGUGGUGAUCAUGCAGGCAAUGAUUGUAGCCAUUGGUGUUUACCAGGAUUACCUGAUACUUGGAACCAGCUUCUAUAUGCAGCUCUUUCCAUGUGAAUGUGAAGUUACAUGUUUAUCCUUUGGUUUUAUAUUCACCUGGUGACUUCAGAAAAUUGUGGAUUUGUUGGAAAAAUAGAUAAUAAGGGAUCAAAAUCUAGUGUAAAAUUAUAGGAUUGUUCAAUAAUUUACUAUACGAAUUAAGUUCAUCUGAAAGAGGAGAUUUCUUGCAUAUCAAGAAAACUACCUUACAAGGGGAUAAAAAAAAUCUAAUUUUAUUGAAUCAUAGAUUAUAUAUAGAACUUUAUUAUUGAUUGAUGCACCAUGUAAAAUAUUCCAUACUCAGUAAGUUAUAACAGCCACAAGGUUGAUUCUAUUUGUGAAAUUUUGUCUUUCCUUUCGAUAAAGAAAGUUGUAUUUUCACUUUUUUGUGUGUACAAUAAUGAUGACAAUUAGAUUUGUGCCUAUAUUUUAAUGCAAA